AUGCAGACGCAUUAUUACCGCUCUCCGGCUAGCCCAAACCAUCAGAGUGGUCGUUAUGAGUUACCUCCAGUACAGUCAGUGACCUCUCCUUCUGGUCCUUUCCCACAGGGAACCUCCGCGGGGUUAGGUUCCGCUCCGCCGAGCAGGCCCGGCAGCGGACUGAGAAUGGCUCAGCUGUUACAGCCUCUGGGACAAACACCCUCGACAACUUCGACAUACACUCGUUCCUAUGAGUCUAGCGGUUCUCCCGCCGAAGUUCCUCCAAUCCGUUCGGAUGUCUCUUCGCUCAAUGGAUCUGUAUCGGGGGGCUCAACUCUUCCUCCGCCUGCAUCUGUGGUGGGGCAGCAGCAUCAGCAGCAACAGCCACUACCGCAGCAACACCAUCAUCAUAGUCACCACCAUCAGCAGGGUCAUCUACAUCAGAAAAGGGCGUAUCGCCAAAGACGGAAGGAUCCCAGCUGCGAUGCUUGUCGCGAGCGGAAAGUCAAGUGUGAUGCGUCAGAAUCGACCAGCUGUACGGAAUGCACCAAUCGAAAAGUGCGAUGCCAGUUCACCAAGGAAACAAAUAGACGCAUGUCUUCUAUCAAACAAGUGCAGGAUCUGGAAAAACAACUUUCGUCGACCAAACAGCAACUUCAGCAACUGCGAGCGGGUAUGUUGAGGUCAGAUAAUCUUAUGGAUUUGGAAAUCGAUGGCACUGGACAACCGCAAUUGAAGCUGCCCGACAUCGGCCCGUAUCGUCCCUCCCGAAGACCAAAAGCGCCGGUGUUGCAGGAUCUCAGCGAGGCUCGAGCCAAUCUGCGAAACUACGGACGGGGGAUUCUCAAGGUACCCAGGCCGUAUCGUCAGCCCGGCCCCAAAUCGCUUUUGACUGCUGAUCCACCUCGACUCCCUCCGAAAGAGGUCGCGAAUCACCUCCUCACACAGUAUUAUUCGUGCAUCCAUUGUGUUCUACCAAUCAUACACUGGCCCAGCUUCAUGAUUGAAUACGAGAAUGUAUACCGCAACGGAUCCCUUGUGGGCGUUCCUCGGGAAUGGGCCGCGGUUCUCUUCGGUGUGUUUGCCUGCGGGUCUCUGCACACAUUGGACCGGGAUAGAGAAGAGGAGGGGAAGGAGUUUAUCAGAAUCUCUUGCGGGGUCAUUGACGUCUGGCAAGAUAACUUCACACUUGAUCAAGCUAGAUGUGCUCUCUUGGUCAGUAUAUUCCUUUACGAAGUCAAUUCAAAAUCAGCGAGCUGGGUGUGGAUUGGAUCUGCAGUGAGGAUCGCGCAGGAGUUAGGCCUCCAUAUUGAAUCCGGUCCGUGGCCAGUUGUCGAGAGGGAAAUGAGAAGACGCGUGUGGUGGGGGAUGUACGCGUGGGACAGGCUUCUUGCGCUGGAGAUGGGGAAGCCGGUUUUGAUCAACGACCAAGAUUGCGACGUUGAUCUUCCUUGUCCGUUUGACGAGCAAUACAUCGCAGAGGGUGCUUGCGUGCCUGAAGGCCAGCAGACCACUCCACUUUUAGCCACCAUCCAUGUCGUCCGCUCCAUUGGGCAGUUGACUCGGACCUUACGAAGCUACACUGUUUCCACCGGAACUCUUGAAACCUUCGAACGACACUUUAGCGCCUGCCUUGCAACCUUUCCUCCCCAAUACCAUCCGAAGUCUGAUUUACCUCUUGAUCCGCGCUCUCUUGCCCCGAUUGGCUAUCUUCAAAACGCCCGCCUCAUUCUCCACCGCCAUAACAUAUCUCCCUUUUGCUCCCCCGAGGUUCGAUCGGCGGCUUUGGAUUACAGCAUUUCAAUCGCAAAAGAUACUGCCCAUCUUCUUUCCCGUUGCAUGCGCUAUGCUUCGAGUACAGGGAACGAUGACUGGCGACCAUUGUUUGCAUCGUCGGCCGGGACGAUGCUGUGUACACAUAUCUGGCGUUGUGCGCUUUUGCUUUUGUUUCGUCAGGAAUUUGCUGCGGCAUUGGUGUGCGUUCAGGUCAGCGCCGUGGUUGGAGAUUCGCGCACCGUCAAUGCAGCCUGUGGACGGUACAUCGCGUUCUUCCUCAAAUGCCUGCUGGAGCGGUUGCGCCGCGGUGAUGCAGCCGUUCUGGAGCGGGACGAAGAAAUGAUGGCGUAUGUGUCCGGUGACAUGCAGGGAACCAGUGACGGCAGCUGGGUAUGGGAAGGCAGUGAGGCCGGUUCUCAGCUAGAGGCCAUGUCCCCAAAAUACGACAGCCCAGUAUCGUUCACCCACGCUGGUGCCCGGAAUGAUUGGCCUAGCGGUGGAGGUUCACAGAUGGCUUGGGAGGGCUGGGACUGGGUCGAGCGGACAGUCGAAUAUCUCUUGAAGGAGAAGCAGCAGCAACAGCAAGAGUACGAGCGGCGGGAUGUUCCGCUGGCCGCGAAACCGACCGAACCGGUACGUCUCAAAGCGGAGCCUGCAGAGCCAGCACCAACGCCAAAAGAAAUGAACUCGGUUCAGUCACGGAUGACGAUUGCGAGCAUCAUCUGA